AUGGCCACACUGUAUGAGCCCCAGCCGACUUGCCCAGCAAAAUGGCAUGAUGAAUAUGCACUCUCAACCAUAGUUAGUGCAGUGCCGGUUAAAGAGGAUGCUGGAACUAAAGAGACUAACACUGGCUAUCGGCGAGACGUAUAUUUGACCUCUACUCAACUCGUCGAGUCACUGAUCUACAAUGUGAUGUACUUUUACACCGAUAUCCUUGCCUUCGACUCUUCAGAAACGAUCUUUUCGCCCACAGCGGAUAGUAUGUUUGUCAUCGCGGCGCGAGUUUUGACUGCCGAUGCUCCCGUGACCAUAAGGGUCCAUCCUGCUCCUCAAACGGGCUGUGUGAUUCGGAUAUAUGCGUCCAUCCUGGACCAGCCAGUCACAGUGCAGGGUCCUGAUCCGUCACAGAGUGUUCGCUUGGAGCUGGGUCCUGGAACAAACAACCUCGGGGCGAUAGUCACAGUCCAAACGAACAGUCUGAACGUGGUGUACUACCAGCAGUACUUCGACAGCCCGGAUGAGAUCUUCCAGGCCACAAUUGCAACACAACUGCGACUCGCGCAAGCGCUAUUCUGGCAGAAGCCAUCCAUUGCCAUGUCCCUGUGUGCGUAUGGAGCCGCUGCUACGGCCCGGCCCUCGCUUUACCCCGCCCUCAAUGCGCAGGCAGUUGCCCUGGGCCAGCAACUGGCCGCGCAGGCCAUGACCGGGCCCGACACAACCUAUGCACCCGCCUUGACCAUCAGCCAGUACAGGCGAACUGUAGAGGAUGCCAUCGAUGCUUUGGAAGCAUUCGAAACACAGUAUGAACGAUUUCAGGAUCAGAACGCCAUCGUGGAGGAUCAAAAGGCUGCCUGGAAGGCCAUGCUCCAGCAGGCCACUAAUGAGCAAGCCCUGCGCGAGCAGGCCCGCAACUCUGCUUCUGAAAAAUACUCAGAUGCCUGUGACACUCGGGACAGUUGCCGAGAUAUGGUUACAGCGAGUCGUCAUGAGUUGGACUCCGCUCGACAAGCAUUCCAGGAGGGUCUGCUGGCCUGGGAAGAAAGGGCGCUUUUCGAAGGCGUUUUUGGCCUUCUGAGUGGGAUCAUUGAAUUUGGCGCGGAACUGUACGGUAUCUCUACAGCCUUUUCCCUGGAUGAUGUGAUGAAAGCGAUCAACACCGUACGAGGGAUCAUCGACGAGGUCAAGGCAGCGGAGAGAAAUACAGCGCAACAGGAUAGGAAGAUCUCCUCCAAUACUCUGAAACAGCUCACAGAAUGUAUGGCUCCAUUAGAAACUCUGUACUUCUCCAUGAUGACGAUCGUCGCGGCGGUCAAGAAAUGCGAAACCGAUCCAGAUGCCGCGAUCCCGGCCAUGGAUGACAUCUCCGGGUCCAGCCAAGGAGACGCCGAUGCGAGGCUGAUCAUCACGUUGGCGGCAUGGGAUACCUGGACCCUGGACUCAGUCGCCCAGCUGGACUUUGCAAUUGCCCAUUCUAUCCGAGGCUCAGCAGAUUAUCGGAUGGCCCUGCAGAAAUAUAACAUUAAUGGAAAGGCGCUGGCUCAAGCGGAUGCUCAGGCCACCAAGGCAGGACAGGAAUAUGUUCAGGCAGAGAUGGCUGUGAUCACUUGUCAGAAGAACAUUCAGGAACUCGAAGAUCUGGUCGACAGAUAUACCGGGGAAGCGGCGCUAUAUGCUGUAGCCGAAGCUAAGUUUUACGACGCCUUUCUUUCCAUGCAGACUUCGGUGGCUAUCCAGAUGCGCAAUAUGGCCUGGGCAUACAAGUACUGGGCCCUAGAAGACAGCCCUUUGGUGUUGGACUCCCAGAAGAGCACGGCGCAGUUCCGCAGUGAUCUGUAUCUCAUUGAUGAGGCGAUGAAUACUGUCAACUCCAAGUACGACAGAAUCCUGCAGUUACUUAGUCAAACAGUGUCCACAAGCGACCUUCCGUCCAACUUCGGUCCGUCAAUAAUAUCCGGCCUUCAGAGCGAGACCCAUCGCGCCAGCUUCACCCUAACUCCGAGCAUAGAUCCAGCAAACGAUCCGGGUUUUGCCAGCAUCUUCACGGAUGGGUCUCACUUCCGAACAGCCGGCCUACAGGCCUAUCUCCGGGGCGCUCGUCCCCGACCAGAGAACCUUCAAAAUGGGGUGUAUCGCGUUAACCUAAAUAUCUCAACCUCGGGGUUGUAUGCGGACAUCCAAGACGGCAAGAUCUUUGAGUUCACCCGUGCGCCACAGGGGGCGCGGGUCUCCUACGAUAUUACUGCUACCGGUGAGAUUGGGGAGGUUCACAUCGACGAGUCAUUCGGGGAUGAGGUCCAUUCGUAUCCCACUGUCUUUACUCAGUGGACGAUCGAGUUGUUGCAUGGCGAGCAGCUGGAUUUAAGUCAGCUUACCUCUGUAGACCUGGCGUGGAAGGUCUAUGCAAGAUUUGACUAG